GACCAAUUUCUGAGCAAUUAUUCUUAAGGCCUCAAAAAGCUUAGCAGCGGCCCUGCCCCCGCCCCCCAUUAGGUGGUAGAGAAGUGGACGGCGUGACACCAUUUUGUGCACGACACAUGCCAUAUAGGCCUAUAGUUUCCCAGAAUCACUACUUAAAGUGAAAAGAACAGAGAGGAAGUGGGAGAUAAUUAUAUUGUUUGUUUUGGAUUCACUCUGUGACUACAAUGGCGUACACAUCAUCCCUAAAUGAUCAUCUGUCCUGUUCUGUUUGCUGUGACAUCUUUGAAGACCCGGUAAUCCUAUCGUGUAGUCACAGUUUCUGCAAAGGCUGUCUGCAGAGUUGGUGGACGAAGAAACAGGAACAAAAGUGUCCACUUUGCAAGAGGAGAUCUUCAAAGACCGAACCACCCAGGAACACCGCUCUGAAGAACCUGUCGGAGGCCUUUCAGCGGGAGAACGUGGAUCUCUGCGCUCUGCACGGUGAGAAACUCAAGCUCUUCUGUCGAGAUGACCUGGAGACGGCGUGUGUCAUCUGUCGACAUUCAGAAAAACACGCCAAGCACCGAUUCCUUCCUGUGGAUGAAGCUGCCACGAUCCACAAGGAAGCAAUUCAGAAAUUACUAAAACCACAGAAGGAGAAGUUAGAGGAGCACAUUAAUAUCCAGGCCACGCACACCGAGAAACAGAUUCAAAAGGAGUUUGAGAAGCUUCAACAGUUUCUCAAAGAUGAAGAGAAGUCCAGGAUCACUGCGCUGAGAGGCGAACAGAAGUUGAAAGGUAAGAAGAUAAAGAAGGAGAUUGAGGAGCUGUCGAAGCAGAUAAAAACCAUUUCGCACACAGUCACCGAGACGGAGCAGCAGCUGGGGGCUGGAGACAUUUCCUUCCUGCAGAAGUUCAAGGCUACAAGAGAGAAAGUAGCUCAGCCCCGACCCUCGCCAGCUCUACCCAAGGGAGCGCUGUUGGACGUGGCCAAACACCUGGGCAACCUGGCCUCCGUCUGGAAGAAGCUGGGGGAGAACGUCUCCUACUUUCCUGUGAUCCUGGACCCCAACACCGCCGGCCCCGAUCUCCACCUGUCUGAGGACCUGACCAGCGUGAGAUGUGGAGCGAGACAGCAGCUCCCUGAGAACCCAGAGAGGCUGAAGUAUGGCGUGCUGGGAUCUGAGCCACUUAAAUCAGGGACCUACACCUGGCAGGUAAAGGUGAGAGGCAGCGCUCAGUGGGACCUGGGCGUUAGCAUGGGUCUCAACCAGCCACCAGGAUCGAGGUCGUCUGAGGUGCAGAUACCAGGCAGCAUCCAUGUUGUUAAGUGUUAUAAAAUAGGGUUACAUAACGGUAGAUACAGAUCAGCGUCAUCACAUCAUUCUGGAGGAUGGGUUGAUCUUCACCGAGCGAGGCAGAAGUCACCCUUUAUCAGAAUGGGGUGGAAUACUACGAACGCUUCUGGUAUAGUGUCUUUCACUGAUCCUGAAGCCAACAAGAAAAUACUCUCAUUGGAGGUCCCAUCAUUGGUUGUACCAUUCAUCAAUACCACUGAUACGGUUAUUUUGAAGAUUUCCCCAGGGAAGGAGCUGUAACAGUGGGGCCUUGGAGUUAGGAACCAUGUGAGUGUACCUGUAGGCUACUGCUCUUAUUUUUUGUGUUCUAAACCAUAUUCUGUAUUGUCCUUGGUGAAUCCGUAAGCGAUGAUAAACAGAACAAGAAUUUAAUAAAUACAUCUAAAGACA